GGCGUGUAAAAGGGUUGGCGCUGGGAAGUCCAGCAACGGGGGGUGCCCUUCGUGAGAUCGUGUGACUGGCGCUUCCGGACCCAGGGCCGUGGUGUGAGGCUUACGGAGAGAAGGGCGGUUGCCCGGGCGUCACCAUGGUAACCGCCAGCCCCGCGGGCGCGUGACGUCACCCCUUGGCUCGGCGUGACGAGGCUCCGCUGGAGGAAGCCGGGGAGUCGGCGAAGGGGGCGCGCCUUGCCGGGUUUGCGCGGGCGGGUCCGCCCCGCUCCUCGCAUGCUUUGUUCUUUUGUUCUGGUCUGCGGCGAAGUCGGGCCGCCCCCAGCCGUCGCUCUGCAACAGGUAUGUCUUCUCCAGAAGACCCCUUUCUGCAUGGGGAACGUACCCUACUACCAUCAGCCAGUUUUCGGGAAUCGGUGACCUUCAGGGAUGUGGUAGUGGACUUUACCCAGGAAGAAUGGAAACAGCUGGACCCUAUACAGAGAGAUUUGUUCAGGGAUGUGACGCUGGAAAAUUACACACAUCUGGUCUCCAUAGGACUCCAAGUUUCCAAACCUGAUGUGAUUUCCCAGCUAGAGCAAGGGACAGAGCCAUGGACUGUGGAGCCAGUAGGUCCCCUUGGAGAAGGGGAGGCAAGACCUGAAGAUAGUGUGUUCCCCCCAGAACUGGGCAUUUCUGAAGAAGAGCCGUCUUUAGAGGCAAUCGUGGGAAUACACAGAAGGGGAGAUUCUUGGAGUUCCCACGUCUUGGAGACUCGGGAAUCUGGAAGCAAUGUAGAGGGGCAGCAAGCAAACCAACAGACACCACCAUGGGAAGCAGAAGUGGCCAAAAAGACAGUACCCACCUGGGAGGGAGGCCCUGCCAGGGACGAACUUGGAAAAAGCAUCAGUGUGAGUUCGAGCCUUGUAACACAGAAAGAAAUAUCUCCAGGACAGGCUUCUGCUAAAAUAAGCGUCAAACAGAAUUCACACCCGGUGAAAAAAGAGAAGUCUUGUAAGUGCAGUGAGUGUGGUAAAGCUUUCAGUUACUGUUCUGCUCUUAUCCGCCAUCAGCGAACACACACAGGAGAGAAGCCCUACAAGUGUAAUGAGUGUGAAAAGGCCUUCAGCCGGAGCGAGAACCUAAUAAACCAUCAGAGAAUUCACACUGGAGAUAAGCCAUACAAAUGUGAUCAGUGCGGGAAGGGCUUCAUCGAGGGCCCCUCUCUAACUCAGCAUCAGAGGAUCCACACCGGGGAAAAGCCCUAUAAAUGUGAGGAAUGUGGGAAGGCCUUUAGCCAGAGGACCCAUCUUGUGCAGCAUCAGAGGAUCCACACGGGCGAGAAGCCGUACACUUGUAACGAUUGUGGAAAAGCCUUUAGCCAGAGAGGCCACUUCAUGGAACACCAGAAGAUCCACACGGGAGAGAAGCCUUUCAAAUGCGAGGAGUGUGACAAGACUUUCACCAGGAGCACACACCUCACCCAGCAUCAGAAGAUCCACACUGGAGAGAAGACCUACAAGUGCAACGAGUGCGGCAAGGCCUUCAACGGGCCCUCCACCUUCAUCCGCCACCACAUGAUCCACACGGGCGAGAAGCCCUACGAGUGCAGCCAGUGCGGCAAGGCCUUCAGCCAGCACUCGAACCUCACCCAGCACCAGAAGACACACACCGGUGAGAAGCCCUACGACUGCGCCGAGUGCGGCAAGUCCUUCAGCUACUGGUCGUCCCUCGCCCAGCACCUGAAGAUCCACACCGGGGAAAAGCCCUACAAGUGCAGCGAGUGCGGGAAGGCCUUCAGUUACUGCUCGUCCCUGACGCAGCACCGCAGAAUCCACACCCGAGAGAAGCCCUUCGCGUGCGGUGAGUGUGGGAAGGCCUUCAGUUACCUCUCCAACCUCAACCAGCACCAGAAGACACACACCCAGGAGAAGGCCUAUGAGUGCAAGGAGUGUGGGAAGGCCUUCAUCCGGAGCUCCUCUCUUGCCAAGCACGAAAGAAUCCACACUGGGGAGAAACCCUACCAGUGUCAUGAGUGCGGGAAGACCUUCAGCUACGGCUCAUCCCUCAUCCAGCACCGGAAGAUCCACACUGGAGAGAGACCUUACAAGUGCAGCGAGUGCGGGAGGGCCUUCAACCAGAACAUACACCUCACCCAGCACAAGAGGAUCCACACGGGAGCCAAGCCGUACGCGUGCCCCGCCUGUGGGAAGGCCUUUCGGCAUUGCUCCUCUCUGGCGCAGCACCAGAAAACCCACACGGAGGAGAAGCCCUACCAGUGCGGUAAGUGUGAGAAGACGUUCAGCCAGAGCUCCCACCUGACGCAGCACCAGCGCAUCCACACUGGAGAGAAGCCCUACAAGUGCAGCGCCUGUGACAAAGCCUUUAGCCGCAGCACUCACCUGACUGAGCACCAGAACACGCAUUCCGGAGAGAAGCCCUACAAUUGCAGCGAGUGCAGGAAGACCUUCAGCCAGAGCACUUACCUGACUCAGCACCAGAGGAUCCAUUCAGAGAAGCCCUUCGGCUGCAGCGACUGUGGGAAAGCCUUCAGGUAUCGUUCCGCUCUCAACAAGCACCAGAGGCUGCACCCUGGCAUCUGAGCGCCCUGGAAGCACUGUGCAUGUAGGGGUGCGUGUGCGUGGGCGUGGGUCUGUCCUGUGCUGGGUACUGAGGAACACUGGAUUGAGAAACUGCUCAGGCAUUUGGACUUUUCGCUCUCCUGAUGCAGGAUGGGUUGGACC